UAGCGGAUGACCGCAAGAAUCCCACCACACAAUCAAAAUCUAAACCCAGUCAAGUUUGAGUGUUUUGAAUCCUGUACCGUGUUUUUACUGACACACAGGGGCGAGUACAAUCUCCUGAUCAGCGCACACUAGACAGUAACCUUCCUUACAAUUGUUCCCUCGAGCUAGAAAGUUCUUAGUACGCUCCGUGUUCAGGAUGUCAGGCCACACCCCCACUCUGGCGAGACUGGAGCAGAGGGCAGCCGAGGCGGAUCAGAUCAUCGAAUACCUCAAACAGCAGGUCCAGCUGCUGAAGGAAAAAGCCAUGGUGCAGGCCACCGUGCGAGAAGAAAAGAAGCUGAUGGUGGAGAACGGCAAGCUGAAGAAGGAGAUUGAGGACCUAAAGAAGCAACUGCUGGAGAAGGAAAGAAGGAGAGGAGUGACAGUGCCCAUGCCUUCAGAAGAAUCCAGCGUUCAGUGCGCGUCCAAGCCCUCAGCCUCGGAGCCGCCCGCUAAACCCACUUCUGUAGCACCAGCCAAUGUGAAAACCCCUCCAGCCAACACCACCGAGGCCAAGACGAAAGCUAAAGCAGAAAAGAAAGCAGAAAAGCAGGAGAAGAAAGCUCCUCCCACUGUGGAGGACACGAAGGUGGACGUGUCUCGCUUGGACUUGCGCGUGGGGCGGAUCGUCACGGCAAAGAAACACCCGGACGCAGACUCACUGUACGUGGAGGAAGUGGACGUGGGCGAAGCUGCGCCACGUACCGUGGUCAGCGGCCUCGUCAAACACGUCCCUCUGGAGCAGAUGCAGAACCGCAUGGCAGUGCUCCUGUGUAACCUCAAGCCGGCAAAGAUGAGAGGAAUUGUGUCUCAGGCCAUGGUCAUGUGUGCCAGCAGUCCAGAAAAGGUGGAGAUCCUGGACCCACCCAGCGGGGCGGAGCCUGGAGACCGGAUCACCUUCCAGGGAUUUCCAGGCGAGCCUGAUAAGGAGCUGAACCCCAAGAAGAAAGUGUGGGAGCAGGUGCAGCCUGAUUUGCGCACCGAUAACCAGUGUGUGGCCACGUACAAGGGAGCAGCCUUCGAGGUUGCCGGGAAAGGCGUUUGCAAAGCUCAAACCAUGAGCAACUUUGGCAUCAAAUAAAGCUUUGGAAGCACAGGAUUUUGUGCUGGUAAUAAAGAACGAGUCUCUAAUCUGUAAGGCUUUCUAAAAUGACAAUAAAGGAUUUGAGAGUCA